AUGUCCUUCACCGUCUUUGUCGGUAACUGGAAGUACUGGGCCAAGAUUCGGCCCCACGGCGAAGAGCAUCACGAGUGCAAGGGAGGGAUCGAAGCGCGACAGAUCACGCCAGCUAAAGAAUCCGAGGACUUUGGCGGGAUUGGCCAUGCCGCUGAUCAAGAGACCCAAGCCAAAUUGCAAUCCCGCGAUGUAGCUAUAUAUAGUUGCGGACCUCUCAUCGCGGCGGAAAAACCGGGGAACCAGGAGAGUAUUGACGAUUUGCGCGAGGACCACGGCGGCGGUCAUGAAUCCAACCUCACGAUUGGACGGGUAAGAGGGCAUAUAGCAUGGCUGACCACCCGGGCAUGCGGGAAUCGGGGUUCCAACAGUCGAGUUGGCAGUGAUGAGGGCCGUGGCGAAGAAUAUACCCGUUGCGAUGAUGGAGCGCGGAGAGAGCCGGGAAAGCCCACAGAGCAUGUGGCCAGAUGUGCAUCCAUUGUCGUUCUGCGCGGAGGAACAGAAAGCAAAUGCGGGUUAGCCAACAAGAUCCUGCAAUGCCUCAGGUUCCGUGAUUAUAAGAUCCUCACCUUCGUUCCCCACCCGACCAGGAAACCUGUCGCUGCUACCCCGAGUGCAGGUGCCAGUCCAGCUGGUAGAGGUGGAUAUGAUGGGAGCAACGAUGGGGCGAUCAAGGACACCGGCACGAUACUCGACGCCAUUCCUAGCACGAUCGGGAUAUUUUCCAAGCCGGGACGUCCCAUGCACCCUGACAACAAACUUGAUAUGCCAAAGACCCUGCCAUUAUGCUGGAGAAGGCCCGAGGAGCCUUGA